AACUGCCGACUCACUGCCUGUGGGUCGGACAGCCGCCGGAGGCCGUUGUGACGCUGCCCCCUUACGCGCCACAUCGGCAAAGCUGCUCUUAGACAGGUAUGACACCCGCCUACGUGCCUCCUUGAAAGAUAUAUUUUCUUUGACUUUGAUUGUCACAAUCUCUUUUUCUCUUUUCCAGGACGAACAGGCGCGCGAGUAUGCGGCGUGCUCGCCAUCACAGUUGACACAAUGUGGAGUCUUCUGGCAUGUUUCGGAGGAAUGUUCAGUGUCACUACACUUGGCACAUGUCAGCCGGCCUCGACAGUUCUGUGAACUGUGGCCGAACCUUUGGCACUUAAAGCAUCUGAGAGGAUUGGGCACGUAUGGCCUAACACGAAGUUUGAUAUAACCGGCCUCGAUGGACUCGGGGAGGACACUUGAACCGAAAUCUGGAAGGAAGGCGCCUCUGCCGACGCCUCACAGCGGUAGUUCCCCUCGGUGGACAAGUUCACUGAUGAAAUGAACACGUGACCCUCACGAGACCGGGACAUCUGAGGAAGAAAAAAGCAUAUCGUGUCUUCGGCUACUGGAGAUGUCGGCGCCAUCCGCGGCGAUCCACGGCCGUGGCAUGUGGCUCAACUGCAGCUUCGACCUCGAGUCCGACGAGCUGUACUCGGUCAAGUGGUACAAGAACGACACCGAGUUCUACCGGUACAUCCCUCGGGACAGACCGCCCGCGCAGAACUACGACCUUCCGGGUGUGGUGGUUGAUAUGUCCCGCUCACGAGAAGGUCACGUGUUCAUCUCAUCCGUGAAUUUGUCCAGCGAGGGUAACUACCGCUGCGAGGCUUCUGCCGAGGCGCCUUCCUUCCAGACCGUGGUUGGGGAGAAAGAGGUCAAGGUAUUUGUUAUUCCCGAGCGCCCACCCAAGAUCCGAGGCACGCGAGCGAAGUACGAAGUCGGGGAACGUGUUGACGUGUCUUGCAGAGCCCCGUACUCGCUACCUGCUGCCAAGCUUGUCUGGCACGUCAACGACCAAGAGGUUCCGUUCAGCGAUGUGCACGGCCUGGAGACCCUGUAUGACUCUGAAGGGCUGCAGAGUUCAGGAGUCCUCCUGUCAUUCGUCCUGCAGCCUUACCACAUGACUGGCAGCUCGCUGCGCCUCAAGUGUGUCAGCGUCAUCUCUGAGACGUUCCUGACAUCCAGCGAAGAGCUUAUUGUCGGCGACACGGUUCCUUCCAUACCGUAUCCAGAGGCCAGUCCGCAUAGUCCCAGAAUCGACGGUGGUGCGCCAAAGUACCGGGUCAACGACCUUGUGAACCUGACCUGCAGAUCUUCAGAGUACGACCGGCCUCCGGAGUUGAGGUGGUUCAUUAACGACCUAGAGGCCCGUCCUGAGUACCUGGUGAGGCACGAGCUGCAGAGAUACCCGAGGUACGCUGCAUCACUGGGCCUCCGGUUCAGGGUACGGCCCGAACACUUCGAGGAUGAACGCAUGCAUCUGCGCUGCACGGUGACGCUGUCGAAUGUCCUCAAUACCAGCAGCGCGGAGGCGAGCAUCAAAAACAAGCACCGAGCCAUGUCGGGAUUCAGAGCAGCAAGCAAAGACGUAUCCAAUGGAGCAACCUGCGUGUUGGUGCCAUUGCUGUCAAGUCUACUGGUUUUGAUUGUACUGCCGAAGCUGUAGAAAGAGGCGUCAGUCAUCACGCAAAACGCAAGCAACUGGAAAUUCACUGCCUCACCAACAACCCUGCUUUUUAUUCGUCUGAGGACUUGUACGUUCUUCUACGACAGCAUUUCUGACCACUCAGUUGGUGCCAAGGACACUCAUACAAACCUGGCCUGGAGGCGAAGUUUUGGGUCUUGAAGGAUGCUACAGUGGAAAAUCUCGCUAACGUCGGCUGGACAUGCUCUGAGCGCUGUUUUCAUUUACACCUGUGCAACCUUGCGAAUGUUUGGUGUACGUUGUGCUGGUGCCUUUGUUUUUGUGAACCGUCAUAGCACUUGCGUGUUCGUAAACCAGGACAAGAGUGCUGCGUUCAAGACAAGACAACAGUUUUUUUUGUUAUUAAAAGCGUUGAUA